AUGGCAAAACGAAAACAAGUAUUUUCAUAUAACGCAAACUUUUUAAAGCUUGAAUUUACAUCAGUUGAAAUAAAUGGCGAAGUCAGACCACAAUGUGUGUUGUGUUUGAAAGUGUUAGCUCACAGCUCUUUGGAAGAAACUAAACUUCAACGAUAUCUUGAGUUAAAACAUGCAACAUACUGUGAUAAAGAUCAUGAAUUUUUUUUGAGAAAAGAACUGCAUGUCAAAAGAACUCGCAUUGAUCGUCCAAGUAUUUUGGGAGGAGUAACCUACCCUCAUAAAGAUGCAGUGCGGGCUUCCUUUUCAGUUGCAUGGAAAAUUGCUAGAGCAAAAGCUCUUCAUACAACAGGAGAAAAGUUGGUUAAGCCAGCAGCCGUUGAAAUGGCCAGAAUAAUGUGCGGUGAGGCCAUUGCCAAUAAACUGGCAAUGGUUCCGUUGUCAGACAACACAAUCAAAAGACGAAUAGAAUAA